GGAGGAGGAGCGAGGUGACGCAGGCGUAAUAAUAGAGAAGGUGCCAGAAAGAUCCAAAACAAGUGGCUGCGGCCGUCACCCAGGAGUCAUCGGACGCCGAAAUCUGGCCCUGGUUCUGAGCUUGUUCUGCACCCCUCCCCCGGGAAUGGCGCUGUCUGGGUCGACCCCGGCCCCGAGCUGGGAGGAGGAUGAGUGUUUGGACUACUACGGCAUGCUGUCGCUUCACCGUAUGUUCGAGGUGGUGGGCGGGCAGCUGACCGAGUGCGAGCUGGAGCUCCUGGCCUUCCUUUUGGACGAGGCCCCCGGCGCCUCCGGCGGCCUGGCCAGCGCCCGCAGCGGCCUGGAGUUGCUACUGGAGCUGGAGCGCCGCGGACAGUGCGACGAGAGCAACCUCCGGUUGCUAGGCCAACUCCUGCGUGUGCUGUCCCGCCACGACCUGCUGCCACACCUGGCGCGCAAACGGCGCCGGCCAGUGUCCCCAGAGCGCUACAGCUAUGGCAGUUCCAGCUCUUCUUCACAAAGGACCGAGAACAGCUGUCGGCACCAUCGGCAGUCCAGCACUUCUUCAGAUUCUCAGCAGGGCCAGUGGGACACAGGCUCCCCUGCAACCAAACGGCAGCGGCAGAGUCGGGGCCGGCCCAGCAGUGGUGCCAGACGGCGGCGAAGAGGGGCUUCAGCUGCCCCCCAGCAGCAGCAGGAGCCUGCAAGGCCCACAUCAGAAGGCAAAGUGACCUGUGACAUCCGGCUACGGGUUCGAGCAGAGUAUUGUGAGCAUGGGCCAGCCUUGGAACAGGGAGUGGCAUCCCGAAGACCCCAGGCACUGGCACGGCAGCUAGAUGUGUUUGGGCAAGCCACUGCUGUGCUGCGUUCAAGGGACUUGGGCUCUGUGGUGUGUGACAUCAAAUUUUCAGAGCUCUCCUAUCUGGACGCCUUCUGGGGUGACUACCUGAGUGGCGCCCUGCUGCAGGCCCUUCGGGGCGUGUUCCUGACUGAUGCCCUGAGAGAGGCUGUGGGCCGGGAGGCUGUCCGCCUGCUGGUCAGUGUGGACGAGGCUGACUAUGAGGCUGGCCGGCGCCGCCUGUUGCUGAUGGAGGAGGAGGGGGGGCGGUUCCCAACAGAGGCUUCCUGAUCCUGAAUCUGGUAGGACUGACCCCACCUCCGAGUCUCCUGGUAUUCUCCCCUGGAGGACAACCAUCUACCCCCUAGAGGACUGUUACUUCAGCAGCUCUGAGGACUGCGCCAGGACGGCAGGCCCCUUGACAGCCUCUGCUACAGGAUGUGGGCUCUGAGGCCCAAACCACUUCCAGCCCAGUUCCUUUCCCAUACUCCCCCACCCAGCAACUAAGUGUGCUCUCUCAGCUUCAGGGGCUCAGGCCUCAGUUCCCUAAAGUGGGAGGUGGAGUCACACACUCACCAAAGUCCCAUGCACAUUGAGUCUCUACCGCUAGGCUGUCUGUGCAUAUGUGUGUGAAAAUACACACACACACACACACACACACACACACACACACACACACACACACACACACCACAACACACACACACACACACACACACACACACCACACACCUGCCUCUGAAAUCAUCCUUCAGCCCUGCCUUCCCCUGUUCCACAUACUUCUUUGGCCUAAGGGCUUCUCUCUCAGGAUCUCUUAUUGUACCACCCCACCUGGGCUUCAGCACACUAGUAGGCCCUGGAGCUGGGGUACCCAAGGGGCCUGCUUUACCUUGCCCACACAUCUAGCCAGACAGAGCUCUGCCUGGCAUCCACACACAGAUCCAACUCUUCACCUUCCCCCUGCUCCCCAGAGCCAGACAUAGACUUGCACUUGGGACUUUCUUAAUACAUGGGUUUUGUGGCAGCAUCAGAUCAAGAUCUGCUGUUGUCCAUGGGGCCAGGGCCAGAACCAGUCACCUUCUUGUAAAGGAGAGGCAAAGACUAGGGACUGAUGGGAAGACAUUUUAUAAAUGGCACCAAUAAAA